AAAAAAAAAAGAUUCGUAGAUCAUGGAAUAUCAUCCCGUAGUCACCGAACAACUCAUUUAGUGUCCAGGAUGUGGUGCACCUACCCCACCCAAUCAAGCCAAUAUGUGUGUGAAUUGUAUUCGAAAUGAAGUGGACAUUACUGAAGGUAUUCCUAAGCAAGCAACCAUCCAUUUUUGUAAAAACUGUGAACGUUACCUCCAACCUCCUGGAAUCUGGGUUACUGCGGCAUUGGAGUCUCGAGAAUUGCUUACGUUAUGUUUGAAGAAAUUGAAAGGAUUAAAUAAAGUACGACUUGUGGAUGCAGGAUUUAUUUGGACAGAACCUCACAGUCGACGUAUCAAGGUCAAGUUGACGAUUCAAAAGGAAGUCUUCGCCAAUACCAUCUUGCAACAGAUUUUUGAAGUAGAAUAUGUAGUCUCUGGUCAACAAUGUGAUGAAUGUACUCGGCUUGCUGCUCAAAAUACUUGGAAGGCUGUCGUACAAGUACGUCAAAAGGUGGAACACAAACGUACCUUUUUGUAUCUAGAACAAUUGAUUCUUAAACACAAUGCUCAUAAGGAUACUACCAAUAUCAAGGAAACAAAGGAUGGUAUUGAUUUCUAUUAUGGUCAACGUGCUCAUGCUAUCAAGAUGGUGGAAUUCUUAGCUGCUGUGGUGCCCUUGAAGUAUAAGACUAGUGAACAAUUGAUCUCUACUGAUAUUCAUACAAGUACAAGCAAUUACAAAUUUACAUACUCUGUUGAAAUUGUACCUAUUUGUCGUGAUGAUUUAGUUGUAUUACCGAAAAAGUUAGCUAACAGUAUGGGUGGAGGCAAUCAAUUACUCUUAUGUUCUCGCAUUAGUAAUGCUGUUCAUUUGAUCGAUAACAAUACACUCAACACAUGCGAAGUACCUCACAACAUCUAUUGGCGAUCACCAUUUUUACCUUUGGCAAGUUCUAAGGCUUUGAUUGAAUAUUAUGUAUUGGAUGUGGAACCUUUGGGACCAGUGCGUGGCAAGAAUGUGUUGGCAGAUAUCCAUGUAGCGCGUGCAUCUGAUUUUGGACGAAAUGAUGAUGAAUAUAUUGCUCGAUCUCAUUUGGGUGCCAUCUUGAAUCCUGGUGACACAGUGUUAGGGUAUGAUUUAUCUCGUUCCAAUUUCAACAAUGAAGAAUUUGACAAAUUGGAUCGUUCAUCAUUACCGGAUGUGGUGCUCGUUCGUAAAUCCUAUCCUAUUCGCCGCAAGAAAAACAAACAACGUCAAUGGAAAAUCAAACAAUUGGGCAAGGAAGUGGAUGAAAUGUUACCUCGCAAACAAGAUCAAGCUCGAAUUGAACAUGAUAUGGAAAUGUUUAUGCGUGAUAUUGAAGAAGAUCCUGAAUUCCGAGCUACUGUCAAUAUUUUCAAAUCUCAAGCCAAUAACAAUAUUCAAAACAAUGAUAUGAUGACUGAUGGUGAAGAAGAAGAAGAAGACUUCCCUGAUAUCUCUUUGGAAGAAAUGUUGGAUGAAAUGCAAAUCAAUAUGGAUGAUCCUGAUCAUAUUGGUGAUGAUGAUGAUGAAAUGAUGAUGUAGUCCAUUAUAUAUAUCUUUAUUUUUCAUUUUAUUUUUAUUCAUUUAGUCAUGUAUCAUAUUUAUUAUUUAUCAUCAUUCUCUUCUUUUUUUUUUUUUU